UACCUUUUGUAAGAAAAUAUCAUCUAAUCCCUUGAGUAAUAACCGGAGUUUUUCUUCAGGUACUACACAUAUUUUUGGUAUUGUCCGUUUUUACAAAUAUAUCACUUGCAAGUGAAGGAAGGGAAAAAAUAACCGCCAAUGGAAAUACGGAGAAAGAUGAUCGUGAUACAUUGGUAGCAUCUGAAUCAAAAGAUGGACAAAUUGAAAUUGUGAAAAGGAUAAAGGAGGUGAACGAGGACGGUUCGUAUACGAUAGGAUAUGAAGCUAAUGACGGAUCUUUCAAGAUAGAGAGCAGAGACCUAUUAGGAAGAAUUCGAGGCACGUACGGUUACAUCGAUGAAAACGGACGCGUGCGCAGAGUGACGUACGAUAGCGACAACAAACUUGCUGCUACUGCUAAUCUAACGAAGUCCGACGGAGAAGAGAAAAACGAUACUACUGACGCAACGGUUUCGAAUAAAAUAUCACCAGCUGUCGUAGUACAAAGGAUACCGAGAAAACUGAGACGCAACGAUACGAUCAGCAAUAGUACCAUAACUGCAAAUAGUACCACCACUAUAAGAAGACCAACGUAUAUAUUUUCAUCGACUGUCACAGCACCAACUAGCACCGCCAAUACGGUCGUACAGAGUAUACCCAGAAAAAGGACUGCUAGUGUGACUCCUAGAUCUACCACUGUCGAGCCAAAUUAUCAGCAGGUAGCAACUUAUUCUUCAUCUACUCCAACGGUGCUUCAAGGAGAUCAUCAACUGGCUCGGCCUCCCCAAAAUGAUCAGCAGCCGCAAGUCACUGUCAAGCCUGUUGCUCUUCCGCUAUCGGUCUCUACUAUAUCGACAAACGAUGAACAUGAUUCUAAUAUCUUGA